GUUCCUGGGUCCGCCCCCUUAUCUGGAUUCACACCAAACUUUACUGAGUUCUUCCCUGACCCGUUCCUCAUCCUACCUCCAAGUUUCAUGCUAAUCGACUCAGUAGUUUUUGUGUAAUCUUGUUUAAAAUCAACAACCAACAAACAAACAGACUGGGGUGAAAACAUCUGUUUUUGCAUAGCUACACUAUAUGACGUCAUUUUCUAAACUCAUAGUGACGACAUUCCCAUCAUAUGAUCAUAGAUUAUUUUUCAGACGCUCCAAAGCCUCCCUCUGUGUCAGUGAGUCCCUCUGGUGAGAUCAUGGAGGGCAGCUCAGUGACUCUGACCUGCAGCAGUGAUGCUAACCCAGCAGCUAACUACACCUGGUACAAGGAGGACGAGGACUCACCAACAGCAUCAGGACAAAACUUCACCAUCACUGAUAUCACAGCUGAACAUGGUGGAAAGUAUCAGUGUGAGGCCCAGAACACACACGGACGUAGUAACACCACCUUACAUCUGACUGUUGGAGCAGGUGCUUGGAAAUCAGCAGUGACUGGAACAACCACAGCUCUUCUCCUGGUGGUCAUCCUCCUCACUGUCUUCCUUUGGAUCAGAAGAAACAAGUCCUUCACACAACAGCGUGAGUGCAGUGAGAGACCAGAAGACAGAGCGCAGAUUUCAGCUGCGGCACACACACGACCAGCAGAGCAGCACCAUGAGGUCCACUACGCCAGCGUCUGCUUCACCCAGAACCGGGCAGAUGACCUCUACGCCAACAUAGGUCGAGUUCAACCCCAGAGAGAAACUGAGGAAGAGGAGGAGGAGGCUGAAUACAGCGCUGUUCGAUUUGACAGUGCAACAGGAACAAGACGUGAAGAAGAGGAGGAUGAUUCAUCUGCAGUGUACAGCACAGUCACCAAACACUGAAGAGACACAACGUGAAUCUGUUGUUUAUAUGUGGAUUUUACAUUAUCACGGAACCAGAAGAAAUAAAACAUAUAGACAUGUGCA